CAAGGGCGGAGCUGGUUGCAGGAGGGGGAACCACCGACAGCAGUACUGCAAGAGACGGAGGACUUGUUGCAGACGGCUCCGGACAAUCGGAGCAAAGCUGCGUGGAAGCUCGUGGCCGCAGAGGCACACCUUCGUGUCGGCGAUGCAGUAGAGGCCAUUCAGAGUGCCUCGCAGGCUAUGGUUCUUUUCGAGCAACUGAAGCUUCGCGAGGAGCAGAUGGCGGCCUCAGCAGCCCUCAUCGAUGCCUUGGUUCUGAAGCAGGAUGGUGCUGCCGCUGCUGAUGCAGCAGAAUCGGCGGCAGCCGCUUGUCGUGAGGCCGACGACGUGGCCGGCGAGGCCGCAAUGCUGCUCCGAAAGUCCGAGGCAUUGUUAGCCGCCAUGCAGGAUCCGUACACAGCGGCAGAAGCAGCCAUCUCUGCGUGCCUUCUCUUCCGAAGAGCCGGCGAUGCUCGCGGGGAUGCUUCAGCCUUGGAGGCAGCUGCCCGUGCCCACCUCCUCUAUGACCCUGAGCAGGCUAUCAAGGCAGCAAAGGAGGCCUUGGCCAUCGCUUCAGCGGCUGGCGACAUCAGCGCCCUGCCGCGCAUCGAGCGGAGCAUGAUCGCUGCUAAGGCUCAGGUCGCCACGGCGCAGCAGGCCGAACAGGCCAAGGCCUUGAGCUGUCGGGGCCAGGCAGCGCCGGCCUACAAGUGGCCCAAGGUGCUGCAGCUGCGAGCGCCUGCUGCUCCGGAUGUGUUUGCCAUGCAGGAGCGGCCUCGUGCAGAGGGCGGCUCGCAACUUGCGGUACGUGGUGCCUCUGGACCUGCCGGAGCGGCCAAGAUCGACACGAAGCCCGCCGUGAACUUCACGCGGAAGCCGUUCAAGUGGAACCCUGGCUACCACAAGACGGACGAGGCGUGGUACCGCCAGGAGCUGACGUAUCUGCCACCCGCCUCUGGAGAGUGA